AUGUCUAAUCACAGAUAUGGCCUUCAAUUUAACAUUGCGAAUAGUAAUUUGCACCUUCUCUUGUGUAUUCUACUUGCUGGUGAUAUAGCAACUAAUCCUGGACCUGCCUGCAGCUCAACAUCACACAGUUGCCCUGUUCAAAAUACAGCCUUACGUUGUUUGUCAUUCCAUGCUCGAAGUCUUAAGAGCGUAAACAAACAUGAAGAUGGAUCUACCACAAGCAACCUGAGUAUGUUUCAAGAUCUUGUCUACUCAGAGAAUUUUGAUAUUAUAACUGUCACUGAAACAUGGCUCAACGACACAAUCUCAAAUAAAGAAAUACUGCCAUGUGGUUACAACAUA